AUGGAGUAAUAGAAAAAAUAUAUUUACAAGAUAGAAGAUUUCUUAAAAUCUUCUUUAUCAUCUAAUACUAAUCUCGAGAUUAAACUAAACUCCAAUUAAAUAAGUGAUUCUGGCGCUUUGGGUUUAUGCUGCGUUUUAGCAGAUUUGACUAAUAUUUAAAAUUUAUCAUUUGACCUAAGCUUUAAUUAAAUUGGUUUAAAAGGUGCAUCAGGAUUAGGAUUUGCUUUAGCAAAUUGUGCUAAUCUCUAUAAUUUGAAACUUGAUUUAAGUAAUAAUCUCAUCGGUUAAUAAGGCAUUGCAGGUGUUUGUUUCUUUUUAAGUAAAUGCAUUAAACUUUCAAAUUUGACUUUAAAUCUAAAAAAGAAUAAGAUUUUGGCUUAAGGUGCCACAUACUUAGGCUCUAAUCUAGCUUUAUGCAAUAAUAUCUAAAAUAUAAUUCUUGAUCUCAACCAUAAUGAAUUAGGAGAUGAUGGUGUUUCAGGUUUAGGAUUAGCUUUAGCAAACAAAGGAUCUAUUUUAAAUGUGAAUUUCGACCUUAGCUUUAAUUUAAUUGGAGUUAAUGGAGUACAAAGCUUAGGCAAUGCUUUAACAAAAUGUUAUAAUAUUUAAAAUUUGACUCUUGAACUGAGCUACAAUUAAAUUUCAGAUGAAGGUUCAAAAACCCUUGCUUCUAUGAUAGCUAAAUGCUCUAACCUCUAAAUUUUGAAACUAUAUAUGAGAAAUAACUAAGUUAGCAGAUAGGGUGCCCAAGAAAUAGGUUCUUAAUUAUCAAAGUGCACUAAUCUGAAAAUUUUGACACUUAAUCUAUUUGAUAACAAUGUUGAUUCUUAAGGUGCAUUAAAUUUAUGUAUUGCUUUAGCUAACUUAAAAAAACUCUACAUUUUGGCAUUCAAUCUUUAGUAAAAAUUAACUUUAUUGAUAACAAAAAUAUUUUUCCAGGUGAUAAAAAAUAAAUAAAAAACUAAAAAAAAGAAAUAAAAUAAAAAAAGAAAUGAAAAAUAUUUUUUUUACUCUAUCAUUUUAUAUCGUAUAAAUUAAAAUAUUUUUAUUACUAACUAAAAGGAAAAAUUAAAUCACCGAAUAAUCUAAAUCCAAAUUAAGAAGGAAUUUUAUUAAGAUGAAUAGUUUGAUAGUCAAAAAUAUCAAUUUAUGAUUAAAAAUUUUGUCUGUAUGUUUUAUUGA